AUGGCGUCGUCGUGCCACAACGUGGAGGUCCCCGGCAAGCCGACGGAGACGGGCACGGCGCUGCUGGAGACGGCGACGGGCACCAUCCAGGGGUUCGCGCCGCUGAACCAGAUCCACCAGCACCUGUGCGCCUUCCACUUCUACGCGGACGACAUGGGGCGGCAGGUGGAGGCGCACCACUUCUGCGCGCACCUCAACGAGGACGUGCGGCAGUGCCUCAUCUUCGACGGGCCUGGCGCCGGCGCGCGGCUCAUCGGCGUGGAGUACAUCGUCUCGGAGGAGGUGUUCCUGACGCUGCCCGACGGCGAGAAGCCGCUGUGGCACACGCACGAGUUCGAGGUGAAGGGCGGGGUGCUGUUCAUGCCGGGGGUGCCCGGCGUGGUGGAGCGCCGGGACCUGGAGAAGGUGUGCAAGACCUACGGCAAGACCAUCCACUUCUGGCAGGUGGACCGCGGCGACGCGCUCCCGCUCGGCCUCCCGCAGAUCAUGAUGGCGCUCACCCGCGAGGGGCAGCUCCGGCAGGACCUCGCUGAUUGUGUGGAGAAGAAGUUUGGGGUGUCUUUCCACAAGGAGACGGAGAACCGGGCGUACAUGAGCGGGCCGGAGCACGGCAUCCACCCCCUGGCGAACGCCGCCGGCAAGGGCCUCAGGACUGAGAUCCGGGAAGUCGAUAUUCCGGCGAGUACUACCGCUGGCGCCGGGAGGGUCUUCACUUGA